AUGUCCACCGAGAAGGGUUUCCACGAGACCACUCUUCCUCCUCAGGAUGAUUUCGAGGUCCGCCAGCAAAAGCUGGCUGGUGAGGUCCAAUAUGCCGACGAGCAUGCCCUCGAGACCGGCGUCCGCCCACUUCAUCAGAAACUCAAGUCCCGACACAUGCAGAUGAUUGCCAUUGGUGGCUCCAUCGGUGCCGGUCUCUUCGUUGGAUCUGGUGGUGCUCUGCACCGCGGUGGUCCUGCUGCGGUCCUUAUCGGUUUCGCCAUCACCGGUGUCAUGUUGCUCAUGACCAUGCAAGCACUGGGUGAAUUGGCCGUCCUCUAUCCCAUCAACGGUGCCUUCUACAGCUACAUUGUCCGCUUCGUGUCGCCUUCCUGGGGUUUCGCCAACGGCUGGGAGUACGCCAUCGGCUGGUUGACUGUCCUGCCUUUCGAACUGAUUGCGGCUUCCAUCACGAUCGAGUUUUGGCGAGAUGACAUUCAUAUGGCUGUCUGGGUCACUAUCUUCCUGGUCUUCCUCAUUGUCGUCAACGUCUUUGGCGUUCGAGGGUACGGCGAGGUCGAAUUUGUCCUCUCCAUCAUCAAAGUCAUCGCCUGUCUUGGUUUCAUCAUCUUCGGUAUCAUUGUGAACUGCGGUGGCGUUCCUACCGAUGACCGCGGCUAUCUUGGCUUCCACUACUGGAGUGACCCUGGUGCGUUCCGCAAUGGCUUCAAGGGCUUUUGCUCUGUCUUUGUCACGGCUGCCUUUGCUUUCGGUGGUACCGAGCUCGUCGGUCUUGCCGCCGCCGAGGCUGAGAACCCCCGCAAGUCGCUGCCCACCGCCACCAAACAGGUUUUCUGGCGGAUUACCUUUUUCUACAUCGUCUCGCUGCUCAUUGUCGGCAUCAUCCUGCCCUCGGACAGCCCAGAUCUUCUCGGUGCCUCUGGUGCGAACACCAAGGCUUCUCCUUUCGUGCUCGCCAUCAAGGAAGCCGGUGUCAAGGGUCUUCCCUCAGUCUUCAACGCUGUCAUUACCAUCUCCGUCAUCAGCGUUGCCAACUCGUGCACAUACGGUUCGUCCCGGACGAUGCAAGCGCUCGCAACUCAGGGUAUGGCACCCAAAUUCCUCGCCUACGUCGACAAGCACGGACGUCCCCUCUGGUGUAUUCUCAUCCAGCUCGCCUUUGGUCUGCUUGCCUACCUUGGUGAGGCAUCCGCAUCCGGCGUCAUCUUCAACUGGCUCCUGGCUCUUUCCGGCUUGAACUUCCUGUUCAUCUGGUUUUCCAUCAACCUUGCGCAUAUCCGCUUCCGCGCUGGCUGGAAAUAUCACGGCUUCACCCCUGAGCAGCUGCCAUACCAGGCCAGCUUUGGCGUCGUUGGCUCUUACAUUGGCUGCUUCCUGACCGCGAUUGCUCUUGUUGCCACCUUCUACGUUUCGGUCUUCCCGCUUGGUGGCUCACCAGAUGUCGAAACAUUCUUCUCCAACUUCCUUUCCGGCCCGCUCAUCCUCGCCCUCUGGAUUGGCUGGAUGAUUUACAGCCGCGACUUCACGCUGUUCAUUAAAGCAAGGGAUAUGGACAUCACCGCCGGCGUGCGCCGUGGCUCGGUGGAGCAUCCGUCAGGGAUGGAGGAGAAGAAGCCGGCGUGGAAGCGCGCCCUCGGUGCUUUCUUCUAG